AUGCCUUUGUCCACGCAGCCACGAAGUGAUCCGGCGCUUGACGAUCUCCAGAUGCCGUCGCCGGCCCGCAGCGAGUCACCCAUGUCACCGAGCCCUGCCCAACCAACCGCCGGUGGUGGUGGUGUCGGCGGCAUUCCCUCGCUGGCCAACUUCUCCGUGAUAAACUACGUUGGUAAAAUUCAGAAGCAAUCAUCUUACAAAACAUCCGUCCGUAGCCGGACGCCGUACGAGAAGUGUAGCUUACGUUCCGCUGCUGCUGCCGGUCUCGAGCCGCUGGUGGACGACACGACGAGCUCGUCGUCGGAAUUCGGGUGCGGUAGCACCGUAAGUAGCGGUAGCGGUGGCCUUCCCUGCGGAAUCACCAGCCCCGAACCGAGCGAUCCGAUGGACAGUAUCGAUACGACCGAGGAUGGCAGUAGUUGUACCACCGCCACCGCCGCCGCCGGACAGAACCGAGUUCGGAGUCGCCGGUCGAUAAGCGUCUCGUCGAGCGGGUGCUCAAGCUCGAUGGACGAUCGGAACUGUGAUUUUUCGCCCCUGGGAAGCAUCGUCAGCUGCCGAUGUAACUCGUACAGUAUGUCCGACUUCGAUGACGAUGGUUUUCGCGAGGACAGCAGCGUCUCGACGUACGCAGUAUUUUCCGCCUCCCGGUCCUACCACCAUCCGUUGCACCAUCACCACCAGAACGUACCGCACCAUCCGAACAACCACAAGGGACUGUUCGACAUCGCGCUGAAGACGGUCCGGCUGAUCCGGCGCAAUCAGGAACUGCAGCUGCGGCUCUCGGAGCUACAGGACGAAACGAACGCGUUCAUCGAGUCGGUGAUGGCCAACCCGGAGAACGAGCCGCUGCGUAAUCACUUCUACGGGGCGCAGAACCAGCGAAUACCCGUGGCGCCACCCGUGGCGGUACAAAAAUAG